AUGAGAACAGCCAUUGUCGCCCUGAUCCUGACAGCAUUCGUUGUGCAAGCGUCUCCAGUAGCUGACCGAAGCUUAGCCAUCGCCGAUGGCCACCAGGGAACGGACUCCCGGGGCCUCUCCGUGAAGCGCGCAAAGAAGGUUGAGACCAAGGUCACCUAUGGCAAAACCAAGAUCGAGUACGGCUGCGACGCGUCGGUUCACUAUACCUUCAAGGGCCUCGAGGAGCUCUGCGCCAAGGGCAGUAACGCCUGCGAUGAGGGCACCCCGUGGUCUCGCAAGGUCAGCUGGACAUCAGGCCACGAGAACCCGGAUGAGACCGAAAUCACUAUCAAGGCCGAGGGGAGAUGGUACGACGAGGACGAAAGAAAGAAUCUCAUCGAGGCCAUCAUGAAGACUGCCAGGACGGAAGAACCAGCGACCAUUGAGAUCAAAGACAAGAAGUGGUCUGGCAGAGUCGUCGGUUCCUUGCAACCACUAUCAGGCACUUGCAAGAUGACCCAGUUUCCUAACUUCGUCGACGUCAUGGUAUUCGAAGAUGAAGAACCCAAGAGCUGGAUGAAUGUCAAAGUUAGCUUGGAGGCGGCCGAAGGAGUAGCUGGGGCUAUCCAUGGAAUUGCUGGCGCGUUUUUUGGCAUGGUUCUUACGCCCUCUUGCGAGAACGAGAUUGACAGUCCCUUCUGA